AUGGUGAGUUCCUUGCAGUCCAUUGUCUUGUACUCCGUACCGAUCGCGAUGUUGAUUGAGAUGCUAAAGAUUCUCCACCACCUACCCAUGGGCCAUGAGGUGUUUCGUGUGCUGUUCAGACGCUGUACCCACGAAGAGUUACGGAAUUGGGCCAAAACCUUCCCGUGGGACCACCCGAUCGCCCGCAAAUUAGACCAUGAGGUCCAUCGUCGCCGUAUGGCUGGUGAGUGUCAUGACUUUUCAUUUUUUUCGGGUGUGGGACCCUUUUUUCCUUAUACCUUUUUUUUGAUUUUUCAUAGAGGUAUUCAAGGGGUUCGAGUUUCUACGCACCGUGCUGUGGCCUGUCCAUCUAUGUCUUUGCCCUCGACGUGCCCGACUCAAUUGGGCCGCACGGUUCUGGGUGCCAAAUUGUUCGUGUUAAUUUUUUUUUUUGUCAGAUUCAUGGGAGUACAUAGAAAACCAACCCGUGUGCCAUAUAUACCAGUGGCUCGCCCAUCCCACUCCUGGUGGAGUGUGUAAUCAUUGUGAACGGAUGAUGGAUGGAUUCAGGUUGGAUGACCUGAUUGCUCGCCGUAGGGUGGGGUCCCUCACUGAAGAUGAGAUUGUAAACUAUGUGCAGAGUGGGGACCCCAAUUAUCGGGAUUGGGAUGAUUUUCCGUUACGUAUGACGUUUCGUAUUAAUUCGUUUUUACGGUCCCAGGGUAUUGUGGGUGAACCGGAUUUGGCGGCCCUGGAUUUUUUAGAGGAUUAA